AUGCCCCGUGAGGAGGGCCGCCCACCCCAAGCGCCCCAUCCCAGCGCGGCUGCAGCCCGGACGCAGCGAGCCCGCCCCUGCGUGCAGCGCUUCCUCUGCGCGCGGAACGGGACCUCUGUCUGCCUGCUGGCGGUCUGCGGGGGCCCGGGCUGCGCAAGGGCGAGGAACCGAGCCGGGAGCCUGGAAGCGCUGCCGCCGCCGCCUCGCCUGCCCGCCAUGCGGCUCGCUUCCUUUUGCCGCUCCCGCGCCCACUCGCCUUUCUGCGGCUGGCUCGUUUUCUGGACCUGCCUCCAGCUCUGCGCGGGCCAACCGAUGCGCUCCGGGGGACCUCGCCGCUGCGCCGGUGAGUGCUGCGGCGCCGGCCAGGAGCAAUGCUGGGCCGGGGGAACCGGCGCGGAACUCGUUUCAGAACCACCAGCGCCCGGGACAGCUCCCGGCGGCGUGCAGGGCGCCCCGCGGAGCCAGCCGCCGCGCCAUCCGCUGCCCUGCCUUCGCUUCGGUCUGCUGGACCCGGCCAAAGGCUGUUUACACACUCCUCGCUUCGGCGUGGAUUUCGGAAGCCCGUCAACUCCAGGAUUCUUUCCUUACCUGCCUUUAAAACCUACUCAUCCAACUAUGCAGAAGGAGCAAACGUAUUCCUCCUGUGCCCAGAGAUGGAAGAGGAGGAGGAAGAGAGAGGGGGACUUGCUCCCUUUGCUGAGAAUCCGGAGGGCAGCCAAUCGCCACCCCCUCUUCCCUCAGUAUAAUUACCAGGUCCAAGUGGCCGAAAACCAGCCUCCAGGGACCCCUGUGAUAACAAUGGCAGCACAAGAUCCCAAUUCAGGGGAAGCCGGUCGGCUGAUCUAUUCCAUGGAUGCCUUGAUGAACAGCAGAUCUUUGGAGCUGUUUAGCAUAGAUUCCCAAACUGGCCUCAUCAGCACCACAGAAGUUUUGGACAGGGAAAACAUGGACCUACACUACUUCCGUGUGACGGCUGUGGAUCAUGGGGUUCCUCGGCUUUCUGCCACCACCAUGGUGGCUAUCACUGUGGCUGACAGAAAUGACCACAGCCCAGUGUUUGAGCAGAGUGAGUACAGAGAGACUAUCCGAGAAAAUGUUGAAGAAGGCUACCCGAUCCUACAGUUAAGGGCCACCGACGUGGACUCACCACCAAAUGCCAACAUCAGAUACCGUUUCGUAAAUGAGCAAGCAGCCCACUCCGUCUUUGAGAUAGAUCCACGGUCAGGGUUGAUCACCACCAGUGGGCAAGUGGACAGGGAGAAAAUGGAGAAAUAUUCUCUGGUGGUGGAGGCAAAUGAUCAAGGUAAGGAACCUGGCCCUCGAUCAGCCACUGUGAGAGUCUAUAUAACUGUCCUUGAUGAGAAUGACAAUGUCCCACAGUUCAGUGAGAAGCGGUAUAUAGUCCAGGUAAGAGAAGACAUAAGACCCCAUUCAGAGAUUUUGAGAGUGACUGCCAGUGACUUGGACAAAGACAAUAAUGCCUUAGUUCAUUAUAACAUCAUCAGUGGGAAUAGCAGGGGGCAGUUUUCCAUUGACAGUGUGACUGGCGAAAUCCAGGUGGUGGCUAGUUUGGACUUCGAAGUGGAGCGGGAAUAUGCUCUGAGGAUACGGGCCCAGGACUCAGGGCGGCCUCCUCUGUCCAACAACACAGGUAUGGUGAGCAUCCAAGUUGUGGACAUCAAUGAUCACGCUCCCAUCUUUGUGAGCACCCCUUUCCAAAUAUCUGUCUUGGAAAAUGCCCCUUUGGGCCAUUCAGUGAUCCACAUCCAAGCCGUGGAUGCAGAUUACGGAGAGAACUCUCGCUUGGAAUACAAGCUGAGCGGGGUCUCACCUGACACCCCCUUUGUGGUGAACAGUGCCACAGGCUGGAUUACUGUGAGUGGUCCUUUGGACCGAGAAACUGUGGAGCACUAUUUCUUUGGGGUGGAGGCCCGGGACCAUGGCUCUCCGUCCCUGUCUGCUUCUGCUAGUGUCACCAUCACUGUAAUGGAUGUGAAUGACAAUCGGCCUGAAUUCACCCAGAAGGAAUAUUUCAUCCGUCUCAAUGAGGAUGCUGCUGUGGGCACCAGCGUUCUCAGUGUCACCGCAAUCGACCGGGACGUGAAUAGCGCCAUCAGCUAUCAGAUAACAGGUGGGAACACACGGAACCGCUUUGCCAUCAGCAUGCAGGGUGGGGUGGGGCUAAUUACCCUCUCUUUGCCGCUGGAUUACAAACAGGAGAGGCGCUUUGUGCUAACAGUGACAGCCUCUGACCGGACCCUGCACGAUAAUUGCCAUGUUCACAUCAACAUAACUGAUGCCAACACCCAUAGGCCUGUCUUCCAGAGUGCCCAUUACUCUGUUAGCGUUAAUGAGGACCGCCCUGCAGGCAGCACCGUGGUCGUGAUCAGUGCGACGGAUGACGACGUCGGGGAAAAUGCCAGGAUCACCUACUACUUGGAGGACAACAUCCCUCAGUUUCGGAUCGAUGCAGACACCGGGGCCAUCACUUUGCAGGCAGAGCUGGAUUAUGAGGAUCAGGUUACCUACACGCUGGCCAUUACAGCCAAAGAUAACGGGAUCCCCCAGAAAGCAGACACGACCUACGUCGAAAUCAUGGUGAAUGACGUCAAUGACAACGCCCCUCAGUUCGUCAGUGCCCACUACCAAGGCAUUAUCUCUGAGGACAGCCCCCCCUUCACCAGUGUGCUCCAGAUCUCGGCUACUGACCGGGACGCCCACGCCAAUGGACGGGUGCAGUACACCUUCCAGAACGGAGAAGAUGGGGACGGGGAUUUCACCAUAGAACCCACAUCCGGGAUCAUCCGCACCGUGCGCAGGCUGGACCGGGAGAGCAUCCCCGUCUAUGAACUCACGGCGUAUGCCGUGGACAGAGGGAUCCCCCCGCAGAGAACCCCCGUCCAUAUUCAAGUCACUGUGCAGGAUGUCAACGACAAUGCCCCCGUCUUCCCGGCUGAGGAGUUUGAGGUCUUGGUGAAGGAGAAUAGCAUUGUGGGCUCUGUGGUGGCCCAGAUCACAGCCGUUGAUCCCGACGAGGGGCCCAAUGCCCAGAUCAUGUAUCAGAUUGUGGAAGGCAACAUUCCGGAAAUUUUCCAGAUGGACAUAUUUUCAGGGGAGCUCACUGCCCUGAUUGACCUGGACUAUGAGACCAAGCCGGAGUUUGUCAUCGUAGUCCAGGCCACCUCUGCCCCUCUUGUGAGCAGAGCCACAGUCCACAUCAAGCUCAUUGAUCAGAAUGAUAACAGCCCCAUUCUUAAGAAUUUCCAGAUUCUCUUUAACAAUUACAUCUCCAACAAGUCCAACACCUUCCCAUCUGGAGUCAUAGGAAAGAUACCUGCCUAUGACCCAGAUGUGUCCGACCGCCUCUUCUACACCUUUGAACGAGGGAACGAGCUGCACUUGUUGAUUGUCAAUCAGACCAGUGGGGAACUCCGCCUGAGUCGUAAGCUGGACAACAACCGUCCCUUGGUGGCCUCCAUGCUGGUGACUGUCACAGAUGGGAUCCACAGUGUGACUGCCCAGUGUGUCCUGCGCGUCAUCAUCAUCACCGAGGACAUGCUCGCCAACAGCAUCACCGUCCGCCUGGAGAACAUGUGGCAGGAGCGCUUCCUCUCACCGCUGCUGGCCAGCUUCCUCGAGGGCGUGGCCACCGUGCUGGCCACCCCCAAGGAGGAUGUCUUCGUCUUCAACAUCCAGAAUGACACCGACGUCGGCGGGCAGGUGCUGAAUGUCAGUUUCUCGGCCAUGGCGCCCCGCAGCGGCCACUUCUUCAGCUCGGAGGAGCUUCAGGAGCAGCUGUACAUGAAGCGCAUGACCCUCACCUCGGUCUCCAUGCUGGAGGUGCUGCCCUUUGACGACAACGUUUGCCUUCGCGAGCCCUGCCAGAACUACAUGAAGUGCAUCUCCGUGCUCAAGUUCGACAGCUCGGCUCCCUUCAUCGCCUCCCUCUCCACCCUCUUCCGACCCAUCCACCCCAUCACGGGCUUGCGCUGCCGCUGCCCCCAGGGCUUCACCGGAGACUACUGCGAAAUGGAGAUCAACCUCUGCUACUCCAACCCCUGCCGCAAUGGCGGGAUCUGCACCCGCAAGGAGGGCGGCUACACCUGCCUCUGCCGCCAGCACUUCACAGGUGAUAACUGUGAGGUGGAUAGUCGGGCAGGUCGCUGUGUCCCCGGAGUGUGUAGGAAUGGAGGAACCUGCACCGACUCUGCAGAUGGCGGCUUCCAGUGUCAGUGCCCCCCUGGGGGCUUUGAGAAGCCAUACUGUGAAGUAUCCACACGCUCCUUUCCACCCAAGUCAUUUGUCAUGUUCCGGGGACUGCGCCAGAGGUUCCACCUCACCCUCUCCCUCUCGUUCGCCACUUUAGAACGCAGUGGCCUCCUCAUCUACAAUGGACGCCUCAAUGAGAAGCAUGACUUCCUGGCUGUAGAGAUCGUGGAUGGGCAGGUUCAGCUGAAGUAUUCCACAGGUGAAUCGAGCACCAUUGUUGCUCCCUAUGUGCCAGAAGGGGUGAGCGAUGGGGAAUGGCAUACAGUUCAGCUGCAUUAUUACAACAAGCCCAAGAUCAGCUCCCUGGGUUCAGUGCAGGGUCCCUCCAAAGAUAAAGUGGCCAUCCUCACUGUGGACAAGUGUGAUGCAUCAGUGGCACUGCAGUUUGGCAAUCAGAUUGGGAACUACUCCUGUGCGGCAGAGGGGGUACAGUCCAGUUCCAAAAAAUCAUUGGAUCUCACUGGGCCUUUGCUUCUUGGAGGGGUCCCCAAUUUGCCUGAGAAUUUUCCAGUGGAGCACAGGGAGUUUGUGGGGUGCAUGAGAGAUCUGUACAUCGACAGUAAACGCAUUGACCUGGCUUCCUACAUUGCGAACAAUGGAACCUCUACAGGUUGCCAUGCCAAACACUCCUUCUGUGAUUCAAACCCUUGCAAGAACAGUGGCACCUGCACUGUGGGCUGGUCUUCCUUCACCUGUGCGUGUCCAGUGGGCUUUGGAGGCAAGGACUGCAGGCACGCCAUGAAUCAUCCUCACCAUUUCCAUGGCAACAGUAUCCUUUUCUGGGAUUUCAAGAAUGAGCUGAAGAUCUCCACUCCCUGGUAUAUGGGCCUGGCAUUCCGGACACGACAACAGAACGGAGUGUUAUUUCAGGUGCAUGCUGGCCAGUACACCACUAUACUCUGCCAGCUGGACUCUGGCAUGCUCUCCGUCAUGGUAAACAGGGGAUCCGGGCGUACCACCAAGCUCCUCCUGGAUCAAAUGCAGCUGAACAAUGGGGCAUGGCAUGACCUUCAGCUACAGCUGCAGGAUGUUCGCAGUGGCCGAGACACUCGUUUCAUCAUCACUCUCAGUCUGGAUUUCGGAUCCUACCAGGACACUGUAGUGGUUGGCAAUGAGCUACAUGGCUUGAAGGUAAAGCAUCUCCAUGUUGGAGGAAUCCUAGAGUCUGGUAAAGUCCAUCAUGGUUUGGAAGGCUGCAUCCAGGGAGUGCGCUUAGGGGACACAGCCACUGGGACUGUGUUACCCAAGCCCAGCAGCACUUUGCACGUGGAGGCAGGAUGUCCUGUGCCCAACCCUUGUGACUCCAGCCCUUGUCCUGCCAAUAGCGUAUGCCAGGACAAGUGGCAAAGCUACGCUUGUGUAUGCCAGCCAGGGUACUAUGGUGGGAACUGCGUUGAUGCCUGUCAUCUGAACCCCUGCAAAAACAAGUCAGUCUGUCGGCGGAAGCCAGGUGCUCCCCACGGUUACGUCUGUGAGUGUGGAGAAAACCACUUUGGGCAGUAUUGUGAGCACAGGAUGGAUCAACAGUGUCCUAAGGGCUGGUGGGGGAAUCCAACAUGUGGGCCCUGCAACUGCGAUGCAUCCAAGGGAUUUGACCCAGACUGUAAUAAAACCAACGGGCAAUGUCAUUGUAAGGAUUUCCACUACCACCCUAAAGGGAGUGAUGCCUGCCUUCCUUGCGACUGCUACCCCAUUGGCUCCUCUUCACGCUCCUGUGAUCAAGAGACAGGCCAGUGCCACUGCCGGCCAGGCGUGAUCGGCCGGCAGUGCAACAGUUGCGACAGCCCUUUCGCGGAGGUGACUCCCAGCGGUUGCCAGGUGCUCUACGAGGCAUGUCCUAAAUCGCUGAAAGCUGGGGUAUGGUGGCCCCAGACCAAGUUUGGCUUGCCAGCUGUGGUGCCUUGUCCCAAAGGUUCACUGGGUGCUGCAGUUCGGCAUUGUGACGAGGAAAGAGGCUGGCUGGAACCAGAUCUCUUCAACUGCACAUCACCAGCCUUCAAGGAGCUCUCAUCAUUGCUGGAUGGUCUGGAAAGGAAUGAGACAGAACUGAACACCAUAGAAGCCAAGAAGCUGGCCCACCAGCUACGGGCAGUGACAGACCAGAUGGAGCGUUACUUUGGCAAUGAUGUUCACAUCACGUACCGGCUGCUGUCUCACUUGAUGGCGUUUGAGAGCAGACAGCAUGGCUUUGGCUUGACAGCCACCCAGGAUGCCCAUUUCAAUGAGAAUUUGCUGUGGGCUGGCAGCUCAGUGCUUGCGUUAGAGAACCAGGAGCACUGGGACGCAUUGCUGCAGAACGAUCACGGCAGCGCAGGCCUGAUGGAGAAACUGAGAGAGUACACGGGCACCUUGGCCAGCAACAUGAAACUCACCUACCUCAACCCUGUUGGUGUGGUGACCCCCAAUAUUGUGCUCAGUAUUGACCGCAUGGAGAACCACACCCAGCUCAGGAGGCGCUACCCACGUUAUCACAGCACUCUUUUCCGUGGCCAGGCCAUGUGGGACCCACACACUCACGUGGUGCUCCCGCUUUCCAUAUUUGCACCCUCCAAAGUUGAAGCAACACUUUCACUAAUCAACAAUGAAACCAAUGACACAGUAGAAAGUCCUCCCCCAAAGGACUCCCUGCCGGAACCCGAGCCCGCUGUCACUAUCCUCAUCCUCAUCAUCUAUCGCACCAUCGGAGGGCUUCUGCCUGCCCGCUACCAGUUGGAUCGGCGCAACCUCAGGCUGCCCAAAAACCCUGUUAUGAAUUCUCCUAUCAUGAGUGUGUCUGUGUUCAGCAACCACACUUUUCUCCAAAGCACUUUGGAGGCACCGUUGGUGCUGGAAUUCCGUCUGCUUGAGACUGCCAACCGCAGCAAGCCCCUCUGUGUCCAGUGGAAUCACUCUAGCCAGAGUGAGCUCGCUGGCUUCUGGACAGUACGGGACUGCGACCUUGUGUACCGAAACACUACACACGUCCGCUGCCACUGCUCCCAGUUUGGCACUUUUGGGGUCCUGAUGGACAGCUCCCACCGAGAGCAGCUGGAAGGUGAUCUGGAGACCUUGGCCAUUGUGACCUAUUCGUUAGUGUCUCUCUCUCUUCUGUGCUUGCUGCUGACAUUCUUCUUCCUGAUAUGCCUGAAAGGUCUCAAAUCCAACACUCGAGGCAUCCACUGCAAUGUUUCCAUCACUCUGUUUUUCUCUGAGCUGCUCUUCCUCUUGGGUAUCAAUCGCACUGAAAACCAGGUGAGAGGAGGAGGAGGGGGAAGAGCAAAGGUCAAGUCUUGGGAGCGAAAUCCGGGGGCAGGGGAGUUCCUCUGCACUGUGAUUGCCAUCCUGCUCCACUACUUCUUCCUCUCUACAUUUGCUUGGCUCUUUGUGCAAGGCCUCCAUAUCUACCGCAUGCAGACUGAAGCCCGCAACAUCAACUAUGGAGCUAUGAGGUUCUAUUACGCCAUUGGCUGGGGGGUCCCUGCCAUCAUCACAGGGUUAUCAGUUGGCUUGGAUCCAGAGGGCUAUGGGAACCCAGAUUUCUGCUGGAUUUCCAUCCACGAUAAACUGAUCUGGAGCUUUGCAGGGCCCAUAACUCUUGUCAUUGUGAUGAAUGGGGUGAUGUUUCUGCUGGUGGCAAAGAUGCUGUGCUCACCAGGCCAGAAAGAAGCCAAGAAGAAAUCUGUUCUCUUGACACUGCGAAGCUCCUUCGUUCUGCUUCUAGUCAUUAGCACUACUUGGCUCUUUGGCCUCUUGGCUGUCAACAACAGUGUCCUGGCUUUCCACUACCUCUACACUAUCCUCUGCAGUCUCCAGGGCUUGGCAGUCCUGCUUCUUUUCUGUGUGCUGAACAAAGAAGCACAGGAAGCCUGCACACUGGCCUGCCUUGGCAAGAAGGGUCAAGGGGAGGAAGCCUCUCCUCUUCCAUCCCAGGGCCCCAAUGCCUACAACAACACAGCCCUCUUUGAGGAGAGCGGUCUCAUCCGGAUCACCCUGGGAGCCUCCACCAUCUCCUCUGUCAGCAGCGUGCGCUCAGCCCGCACCCAUUCCAGCCAGCGGGGCUACCUCAGGGAGAACAUGAUGGCACAUCAGGCCUCAAGUCUGGAACACAACUUGCUCAAUCAUGCUGGCCCCACCGACCUGGAUGUAGCCAUGUUCCAUCGUGAUGCCGGGCCAGACUCUGACUCGGACAGUGACCUCUCCCUCGAUGAAGAGCGCAGCCUCUCAAUUCCUUCAUCAGAGAGCGAGGAGAAUGUGCACCUCCGGGGCAGAUUCCAGCGCCAGUUCAAAAGGGCAGCGCACAGCGAGAAGCUCCUCACCAAUCCUUCCAACACCACACCCAAAGAUGUAGAUGGCAAUGACCUGAUGUCCUACUGGCCUGCACUGAGCGAAUGUGAAGUCCACCCCUGCUCCCUCCAGAAAUGGGGCUCAGAGCGAAAGCUUGGGUUUGAUGUUAACAAAGACGCAGCCAACAACAACCAGCCAGACCUGGCCCUGACCAGUGGGGACGAGAACUCCCUCACCCAGACCCAGCGGCAGAGGAAAGGUAUCCUGAAGAAUCGCCUCCAGUACCCUCCGGCCUUGCAAGGCCUGUCGUCUGUGGGCAGAAUGACCAACGAUCUCUCCUGGUACAAAACCUCCACCCUGGGUCACAGGGCUGUUCCUGCUGCUUCUUAUGGGAGGAUCUAUUCGGGAGCAGGUAGCCUCUCCCAGCCAGCCAGCCGUUACUCUUCUCGGGAGCAACUCGACAUGCUGAUGAGGAGGCAGAUGUCCAGGGAGCAGCUGAGCCGGAAUAACUGUGGAGAGUGCCUAGAGGCUGUGGGCAGCAGACAUGGGUCUCGGGAGCACGUGGACACCAUCCUGAACAGGCCUGGGUCAAGGGAGCAGCUGGACACUAUCCUCAGCCGACAUGGGUCUAGAGAGCACCUUGCAAGCAUACCCAGCAGGCAUGGGUCUACUGAAAACUUAGGUGAAAUAGCUACUGGAUACGAUCAAAGAGAUCAUGGGAACACUCUCCCCAGGAGGCAGGGAUCCAGGGACCAUCUAGAUACUUUUCCCUGUAGAUUUGGGUCACGAGAACCACUAGACUCUGGAGGGGCAGUGAGAGAGUUCUCUAGGGAAUGGCUCAAUACUAUGCCUGCUAGACAAGCUUCCAGAGAUCGAAUGGACACGUUGCCUAGUCGAGAUAUUUCUCGAGAACAGCUGGAUCUCCUUUCUAGAAGGCAGCCUUCGAGGGACCCACUCGCAUCAGCUAGACAGACGUCAAGAGAGCAGCUGGACUUUUUAUCCAGAAGAUCUAAUUCUAGAGAGCCUCUGGACCUAGUGCCUAGCAGGCAGGCUCCUCGGGAAAAUCUGGAGCCUCUUUCUAGACAACAGCCUUCUAGAGAAAAUCUUGAACUCCUCUCCAGAAGGCUCCCUUCUAGAGAAAAUCUAGAAGCAAUCCCCAGCCGUCACCCUUCCACAGAGCAAUUAGACAUCCUUUCUUCCAUCCUAGCUUCUUUUAACUCCUCCGUCUUGUCCUCUGUGCAAUCAUCCAGUACUCCCUCAGGUCCACAGACCACCCCCACGCCUUCUGUGGCACAGACGUCCUCCACGCCUUCCAUGCCGUGCCCGUCGCCACCUCGCUCCACCACGUCCCACAGUAUUUCCGAGCUGUCGCCAGACUCCGAAUGCUCGGGGUCGACUGCAAAGUCCUUGCUGUUCCGGUUCCUUCCCAUCCUGAGGUGGCUACCACGGUAUCCAGUCAAGGAAUGGCUACUUGGGGACAUCAUCUCCGGGUUCAGCGUAGGAAUCAUGCACCUCCCUCAGGGUUUGGCCUACGCGCUGCUGGCCGGGCUGCCUCCCGUCAUUGGCUUGUAUUCAGCCUUCUAUCCUGUCCUGAUGUACUUCUUCUUUGGGACCUCCAGGCACAUCUCUGUGGAACCGCUGUCUUGCCCAACGAACUCCUGUUGUCUUUCCACAGGCCCGUUUGCUGUCAUCUCUGUGAUGAUUGGGAGUGUGACAGAUUCUCUGGAACCAGGCUCAAAAUAUAUGGAAAAGGUCAAUGGUACCAACGAGACGGUCCUCAACGAGGCCCAAAGGGAUGCAGCCAGAGUGGAGCUGGUGUCUGCGCUCACCUUAUUGGUGGGCAUCUUUCAGAUCGCCCUGGGCCUGCUGCAGUUUGGCUUUGUUGUCAGCUACCUUUCUGAACCCUUGGUGCGGGGCUAUACGACAGCUGCUGCUGUCCAGGUGCUGAUCUCGCAGCUGAAGUACGUCUUUGGGAUUCAACUGGAAGAACAUUCAGGGCCGUUAUCGCUGAUCUAUACCUUUCUGGAGAUUUGCUCAAAACUGCCAGGGACCAACGUAGGCGCUUUGGUUACGUCCUUAGUCGCCAUGGUUUCCAUUUUUCCCGUGAAGCUGCUCAAUCAGAAAAUUGGCAAGAAGCUUCCAAUACCUAUUCCCAUCGAGCUGCUCACGAUUAUCGUCUCCACGGGGAUUUCGUAUGGGGCCAAGCUGAACCAGCACUUUGGAAUUAGCGUUGUGGGGGACAUCCCCAGUGGGAUGAGGCCUCCUCAGGUCCCCGGGGCCAGCCAUUUUGGGAAGGUGGUGGGAAAUGCUUUUGCCAUUGCUAUCGUCAGCUACGUCAUCGGCAUCUCACUCGGCAAGAUCUUUGCCCUCAAGCACGGUUACAAGGUGGACAGCAACCAGGAGCUGAUAGCCCUGGGGCUCAGUAACUCUGUGGGCGGCUUUUUCCAGUGUUACAGCAUCAGCUGCUCCAUGUCCCGCUCUCUUGUGCAGGAGAGCUCAGGAGGGCACAGUCAGGUGGCUGGAGUUGUCUCGUGUCUUGUCAUUCUGGUAACCAUCCUGAAGAUUGGGGAGCUUUUCCGAGAACUACCCAAAGCCAUCUUAGCAGCUAUCAUCAUAGUCAACCUGAAGGGCAUGUUCAAGCAGUUUAACGACAUUCCUGCACUUUGGAGAUCCAACAUUAACGAUCUGUGCAUCUGGCUCGUGACUUUUGUGGCCACCAUUCUGCUGAACCUUGACCUGGGACUGGGUGUCGCUGUGGUCUUUGCACUGCUCACUGUCAUCUUCCGGACGCAGAUGCCCCAUUAUUCUAUUUUGGGACAAGUGUCCACAACAGGCAUUUACAGAGACGUGGAUAAGUAUCUCAAGGCGGAGGAGGUCCCCGGUGUGAAGAUUUUCCGCUCCUCUGCGACAGUCUAUUUUGCCAAUGCUGAUCUGUAUGCGGAGACCCUAAAGAAGAAGUGUGGCAUUGAUGUGGACCGUCUCAUUGAGAAGAAGAAGAAAGCCCAAAGGAAGUGGGAAAAGAAAAACAGAAAAGAAGUCAAGAAGACAAAGGAACCAGCAGACCGCACAACAAUGGCUGAGCUCAAUGGAAGUGUGAAAGACUGGGCCUCCCAAAAUGACACCCAGCAGCCGCAGUCUCAGGACAAUCUCAGUCCUAGCUUGAAGACCCUGGGACUGGAAAAGCCUCCUUUUCACUCCCUCAUACUAGACUUCACUCCGGUCAACUUUGUGGACACCGUCUGCAUAAAGACUUUGAAAAAUAUAUUUAAAGACUUCAAGGAGAUUGAAGUGGAUGUGUUACUUGUUGGUUGCCAUGCUUCAGUCAUUUCCCAGUUGGAAAGAGGCAACUUCUUCAGCCAAACCAUCACUAAGCACCAGCUUUUUGCAUCAGUGCAUGAUGCCGUUAGCCAUGUCACCAAGAGCCGGAGAGAGAGCUUGCUACAAACCGACACAGUUGAGUCCAGCAUUGAACUGUAA